AUGUUUUUUCAUCUCUCUUCCACAACUCCCUCUGUGAGCCCCACUCCCAUCUCUCCACCCCCACUCGUCGUGCUAAAUUCCGAUCUCCUCUCUCUCUCGACAGAUAUCGACCAUGACUUCAAGACUCACCUGGAGACUCUGGUCCACACUCUACUCAGUCCUGAGAACCUGGUGGAAAAAGAGAUCGGAGGCUCCAAGGUCACCUGCAGGAACCUGCUGGAAUAUUUCAAGGUUUAUAUUAAAGUUUUCCAAGGUGAGGACCUCCCGCAUCCCAAAUCCAUCCUGGAGGCAACAGCUGAAGCCAACAACCUAGCUGUGAUUGCGUUGGCCAAAAACUAUUACCAGAAAGCCAUGGAGGGGCUGUGCGGAGGGGAUAAGGCCUACGUGCAGCCCAGCAAGAUCCGGGAGAGGCACCGAGUGUACCGCGAGGCGGCCGUUGAGAAGUUCCGAGCGACGAAGAAGAUGGGCAGGCAAGCCCUGAUCAUGCAGCAUGAGGACCAGCUGGUGAGGAACAUCGAGGAGAUGCUGGACAGUUACCUCAGGUUCAACCAGAGCAAGAACUUCUUCAGCCUCGUCCGCACGCCCAGUGCCAUGCUGCUGCUGAUAAUCAGCAUGCACGUCAUCUCCGGCUUCCUGAGCCUGCUCGGACUUGGCUUUCUCUCUGUCAUCUUCAACUUUGUCAUCGGCAUAUGCUCGCUCACCCUCAUGACCUGGUCCUACAUCAAGUACACAGGGCAGAGCCCACUGCUGGGAGAGAUCAUCGACACCAUCAGUGAUAAGAUCCUCAGCGGGGUCACAAACGCGAUAUUGACUCGGUUAAGGAACUCCGAGCAGGCGACCCUGAUCACUGGCCUGGUGCAAGCCGCAAGGAACCAGUGAAGGUUUUACUCUGGCACAGGCUCGGGGGCAAGCUCCCUCCCUCCUGACUAACGUGCCAAAGCACCUUCCGACAAGGCUCGCUCUCUCCACUGUCUCCGUCACAAAGCAGGAACGUGGGGCCGAGAGCUUAGUCCUCCUCCUGGUCUGAGCACAGAAGACUCUGAGAGGUGGUGCCAAGAGGAGGCUAAUCCAAGGUCACAGCCCACUGGAGA